AUGAAGUGGAAUGCUCCCAUUGAGAAGUCUCUCCUACCACAGUUAGAUAGACAAGGCGAGACAGACCUGCACGACAUGCUAGCUAAGGCCAUUGAGUGCGGACAACCUGACUCAGACCUGCCAUCCGAGCCUAUCACCGGUAUAAGGAAGGUGUUUACGGAGCCGUGGCACGAAGUCCUGCGGUUGUCAUGCUACCUUCUCCAAGAGGGUGCGCAAGAAGAGGACACCGAUCAGAAACAAGCUGGUGGGAACAUUAAGGUUGAGGCUCAGCUGGCAACAGCUGAAGAUCCAAAAGAAGGUCUAGCAGUUUGGUGA